CGUACUUCCUCGCCGAGGGAUGGCUGCGCUCCGGGCGCGCCCCGUAGUCCCGCAGUGUGCGAUGCUCUGGUAGCGGCUUGCAGGCGGGCGCGAUCCAGGCCCGCGGGUGCACAGGUGCGGCCCACGCCUCCCUCAGCGCCUCAGCACCUGCCGGGCGGGACCCCGGACGGUCUGAAAUCACUCACAAUGGAGGCAGGCAAGCAGAUGCGAGUGUCUCGGCCGUACAAAAUCAGUGAGUCUUCAAAGGUGUACCACCGGGCUGACCACCCCAGCACCGUGCUGCAGCGGCUGAACGAGCAGCGGCUGCACGGCCUCUUCUGUGACGUGAUCCUUGUGGUUGAAGAUCAGCAAGUACCAGCCCACCGCAACCUCCUGGCUGUGUGCAGCGACUACUUCAACUCCAUGUUCACGCUGGGCAUGCGCGAGGCCUUCCAGAAGGAGGUGGAGCUGGUGGGCACCUCCUAUGUGGGGCUCAAGGCCGUGGUGGACUUCCUGUACAGCAGUGAGCUGGAGCUGGACGGCAGCAACAUUGACUACAUCCUGGAGACGGCGCACCUGCUGCAGAUCUGGGCCGUGGUGGACUUCUGCUGCGAGUACCUGGAGCAGGAGGUGAGCGAGGACAACUAUCUAUACCUGCAGGAGCUGGCCUCCAUCUACAGCCUCAAGCGGCUGGACGCCUUCAUCGACAGCUUCGUCCUGAGCCACUUCGGCGCCCUGUCCUUCACGCCCGACUUCCUGCAGACCGUCUCCGUGCAGAAGCUGUGCGUCUACCUGGGCAGCUGCCAGGUCCAGCACCAGUGGGAGUACGACCUGCUGCAGGCGGCCCUGCAGUGGCUCGCGCAGCAGCCGGAGCGGGAGGCGCACACCUGCCGCGUGCUGGAGAACAUCCGCUUCCCGCUCUUCCCGGAGGACAUCCUGCUCCAGCGGGUGAAGCUGGCCAUGUGCUCGCUGUUGCCCAGUGAGGCCAGCUUUGAGGGCUUCGUGGAAGAGGCCAUGCACUACCACCACAGCCUGGUGGCGCAGCCUGUCCUGCAGACCAAGAGGACAGUGCUGCGUUCUGAGGAGCGCUUGCUCUUCGUGGGUGGUGAGGUCUCCGAGCGGUGUCUGGAGCUGAGCGAUGACGCCUGCUACCUGGACACCAAGAGCGCGCAGUGGGUGAAGGAGACCUCCCUGCCCGCCCGCCGGAGCCAUCACUGCGUUGCCGUGCUGGGGGGCUUCAUCUUUGUUGCCGGUGGCAGCUUCUCGAGGGACAACGGAGGGGAUGCGGCCUCCAACCUGCUUUAUAGGUAUGACCCCCGCCGUAAACAGUGGCUCAAGGUGGCGUCCAUGAACCAGCGCCGUGUGGAUUUCUACCUGGCCUCCAUGGAAGACAUGCUGGUGGCUGUCGGCGGCCGGAACGAGAACGGGGCGCUGUCUUCUGUGGAGACCUACAGCCCCAAGACCAACUCCUGGACCUAUGUGGCUGGCUUACCAAGGUUCACUUACGGCCACGCGGGUACCAUCUACAAAGACUUCCUGUACAUCUCAGGGGGCCAUGACUACCAGAUUGGCCCAUACCGCAAGAACCUGCUGUGCUAUGACCACCGGACGGAUGUGUGGGAGGAGAGGCGGCCCAUGACGACAGCGCGAGGCUGGCACAGCAUGUGCAGCCUGGGCGACAGCAUCUACUCCAUCGGCGGCAGCGACGACCACAUGGAGUCCAUGGAACGCUUCGACGUGCUGGGCGUGGAGGCCUACAGCCCCCAGUGCAACCAGUGGACCCACGUGGCCCCGCUGCUGCAAGCCAACAGCGAGUCGGGCGUGGCCGUGUGGCAGGGCCGCAUCUACAUCCUGGGGGGCUACAGCUGGGAGAGCACCGCCUUCUCCAGGGCCGUGCAGGUGUACGACCGUGAGGCCAACAGGUGGAGCAGGGGGCCGGACCUCCCCAACGCCAUUGCGGGCGUGUCGGCUUGCGUGUGUGCCCUCAACCCAAGGCUGGAGGAAAAGAAGAAGAGGAACAAGGACAAGCGACAGGACCGAGGUCAGUGACACCGAGCCACUCAUCGACGCGGCCACACCCACCGCACUUACUCUUAGCAGCUUUUUGUACCUUUUUGAUUCCUGGUGUUUCUAUGCUGUCACAGUAAAUAAUAACGAAACGUUCUUCACAAUUUUGCAUAAUAUCUUGUUUGAAUGCUUAGACUUGGGCCUUCAUAUCUGUGCUGGCCUUCUUCCCUGGCCAUAUACUCCUAAAUGACCCCAUGACUGUCCCGGCCAGCAGUAGCUGGCUCGAAGGUUAUAUGGAAAUUUUUAUAGUGAAACUUGGGUCUUCUAAGGUCUGAGCCUCCCCAAACCCAGCUGAACUUCCAUACAGACGCCCAGGCCGUGCUCAGGGGCUGGAGGAGGCUGGUCCCUCUGGAGAUGUGAGUGUCAGCUGCAUUCUGCAUUCAGUUGUCCCAGGAGAGACCAAGCUUGCUCUUCAUUUAAAGACACGGGGACCCCAUGCUCCUGGACAGACAGGCUAGAGCCAGGGACUCUUGAUUUUCUUUCUGAAAGUUCCAUAGUAGCCGAGUCUUUUCUGCAGAGUGCCAUCUUCCCUGGCUGGCAGUCUUUGUGAAUUCUGUAUAGGUCUUUAAGGAAAAAGGGGCGGGGGAGAGCACCCUAAGGUGUUUAUGUACGACAUUCUGAGUGUAUGGGAGCCACCCACCUCUCGUCACUGUCCUAAGUGAGCUCCCCCAAUCCACCUUUCUUCUCUCCGAAACGAAAGGGCAGCCCUGCAGCACCUUCAGUCAUUUCCCUGGGCCGGCCUGGCCAUUGAGAGCGCUGCACAGACGAGUAUGCAGGUCUCCAAGAAGGGGGCCAAGUUCCUUUCCCUGCUGGCCCCGCUGGCUACUGUAAGUGGCUCUGCCAUGCUGGGAGGAUUCUGGUUCUCCAUUUUUUUCCUUCUUUGAAACAGGGUCACACACUGUAGCCCUUGGCUAUCCUCAAACUCAUAGUGAUCCUCCUGCGUCAGCCUCCUGAGUGCUGGGAUCAUAGGUCUAACCACCAUACCCAGUCAGACUCUCCGGUGCUUUCAUCUGGCCACACCUCAUUUCUCUCUUUCUCUUUUAUUUCUUUUUUCUUUUUAGCUUUUCAAGACAGGGUUUCUCUGUGUAGCCCUGGAUAUCCUGGGACUUGCUCCAUAGGCCAGGCUGGCCUCAAACUCAGAGAUCCACCUGCCUCUGCCUCCCAAGUGCUGGGAUUAAAGGCGAGCACCACUACUGCCUGGCCACACCUCAUUUCUUACUCAGCAGGGUCAGGGUAACUCCCUCCAGUCUUUGUGUUAGAAGCAAAGCCUCGGCUCACUGGUUGGAUUUUUUUUUUUUUGAAACAGGGUCCCUUGUAACCUAGGCUGGCCUUGAACUCUUGAUCCUCCUGCCUCUACCUCCCAGGUACCAGGGUCAUAGGAUUUGCUACCAUGCUCAGAUUCCCAGUUGACUUUUUCUCCUCUGCACUUCCUUCCUUCCUUCCUUCCCGAUCGGGGGUUCAUUCUGGUCAGCCUGCUUCUGCAGUGAUGUGGGAGAGGGAAGACAGGCCUGAGAAGCGAAGGCUUCAGAGUCUGGUCUCCAUCACUGCCGCGUAAGCAGUCCGCCCAUUUGUCAGUUACUGCAAGGCAUGCCGGCCGACGACCAGGGAGCUUCGUGCCCUCACUACUGUAAGAGGCUCUGAGGAGUCUUGCGCUGUUCACCUCCAUCAUCCCACUGUUUUCUACACUUUGGCUUUGAAACUCCACCCCUCCCCCAUCCCCACUACUGAACUCCAGGACAGUAUAUCCAUCCCUAUUCCAAGAAAAACUUGAUUACUUGAAAAUCUUUCAGAAGGCAUAGUGGCCCAUUCUCCACAGAUUGUGAACACACAGGAAGGGGGUUCAUCCAGAAUUGGAUGGGAAAAGCACAUGGUAAGCUUCAAGAAUGUCUUACAGAGCAGGACAGCUGUGACCUUGGGAAGAGCAAAGCCAAUCAUUGAUCUGAGCGUAAGCCAGUUCUCCCAUUGCUCACUGCUGGUGUCUGCCCCAGACAAGGGGAGAUGCGGCCUCCAUUCCACUUGGUAUCAUGUGGGUUAGCCACAGUGUCCCUUCAGCACUGUUAAUGUAGCUAAUAACUUACAGGCUUGGAAUCUGCUUCUGUGGCAGCUGAAAGUCUUCCUUUAAAGGGAGGGCUGGACUGUAAGUUUCACUGUGGACUGCUUUUCCGCAUAGCUGGGGGCAGCUGCCCUCUACUGAGAAAGAGUUUUGAGCUUGUUGGCAUCCGUGGAAAGGCCUAGAGCCCAGAAAUGUUCCCUGGCCACGUUUUCAUUACCUGGGGCUUUAAUUGAAAAUUCUAUGCAAGAAUAAAAGGAAACAGAUUUCUGCCACGACAGACAGCUUCCAGCUGACCCCAGCAAGUAACUGCUAUAAUCAUGGCAGGCUUUGAAUUGGAUGUUGCACUUUCUCAUUUAUAAAGAAUUAGUUUUACCUUAUAUUUGUUGCAGGUUUUUGUUUGGAACUCUGUUUGAGUAAGGCAGAAAUGCAAUAAGAGAUGGAAGCUCCGGGUGGGGUGGGGUGGGGUGGGGUUUGCCUGGUCCUCCUGGUAUUUGGCAUCACUUAGAGCAGCCGGCUGCUGAGGCGCGUGCCUGCCACCCAAUCACUGGAAAGCUGAGGUCGGAGGAUCUCCUAAGCCAGAAAAUUCCAGGCCAGCAACACGCUGAGACCCUAUGCUGCCCCUGCCCUCAAAAAUACAUGAUUGGCAGGAUUUAUCCUAUUUCAUGCUAUAAGACCCCUGAGUAGGCAGGGCACCUUGUUUUGAACAGUGUGAAUGUCCUUUCCAGUUCCUAAGUAUAAGGUGACCUGGGACAGAGUUAGAUGAGGCCCCAGCAGCUAACUCAGGUGGUGUUUUAGGCCUCCCCCAAGGCUCGGUGCCAUGGCUGCAAUUUUAGAUGUACUGACCUGUAUCUCAGUACCUUGGCCCCUAAGCCGAGAGGAACCUUCUAGAGCUAGAAGUAAAAGAUGCCUGUCCCCCCUCCCACCAUCUUAGAGAAUCACCGGUCGUCCUCCCUAACCCUCCUCCCUGUGGUGUAGUGUUGGGCUGCACCCUUAGUCUGGGGUCUCCAUCCUGCAGGGGCACCUGACCCCCAGGACAAACCUGCAUAAUUAACACAGGCCAGCUUCAUAGAAGACCCUGCAUCUGUCAACCUGACUUUUUAGAGAUUUUAAAAACUGUUUUUGAUACUUUUUCAUACAAUUUGCUAAUCACCAUUUUGUAGAAUGCCUGCUGGGAUUGGUUCCCCAGCUCCUUCCUUACCGUCAGCAUCUUGGUUUGUCUAGAUAACGGAUGCCCUGUUGUCAGUGUGCACCUUGCUUUGUGUGGCUUUGUCUUCCAUCUCGCCCUUCCAUGUGAGCAAGUCUCGAGUUUUGUGAGUUCACGCAUAGCGAUGGAUAGGACCAUCUGAGGGCACGGGUGUGCCAGGAGGGCAGUUCUUGUCCUUCAGAAGGUCUGUAUUUCUGCUGGAGCUCCUCUCUCAGUGGAGUGCAGUGGGAGAGUUACCUGAAGCUGGUCCACAUAUAAUCUGUUUCAUACGGGUCAUUUCUCUAACAUGUGUGGCUGGGGUCCUGGUCUCUUCCUGUCUACCUAUCCAGUGAAGAACGCCUAACCCCACGCAGCCAUCACCAUAGCAUGCCAUCCUUGCACUUUAUAGUCUCUGACCUCCAACUGAAUGUUGUCUGUGUGAGUUUAAUGUGACUAGAAUUGGUGGCUUCUGGGGGGACCUGAGUGCCUUAAAUUGUCCCUCAGUUGUCUCAGUUAACAGCAUGGAAUGAAUGGGGCUGGGACGAGGGCUCUCCUAACAUGCAGAAAGCCCGUGGGUCCCAUCCCCAGCACCACAUAAACUGAGCAUGGUGGCCCAAGCCUGUAUUCUCAGCACUUGGGAGGUAGAGGAAGGAGGAUCCGAAGUUCAAGGUCAUCCUUGACUACACAGCAAGUUUGAGGCCAGCCUCAGCUACAGGAGAGCCUGUCUCAAGUUAAUUAAUGAAUAAAAGCAUCAGAUGAACAUAACAGUGUGUACCUGUGUUGACCUGAGACGCAGGGUCCUUAGGUUUGAUGUCGCAGCCAUCAAUAGCUGGCCCCGGUCAAAAUCAGGUCAGGUUGAUGGUGAUAAAAGCAUUUGAUGCCUUCUGGCUCCUGAUGUCACAGAAAUCUGUAACUGUAUAUGAUAUGCUUUUUAAUGUGUAGCCUUUGUGUCUGUAAAUUUUAUGGCAAUCGACAUUUUCCUGUCUUGCCUCCUUGGUUAACUUUCCUGCAUGUUGCUUUGGUUUGGAAUUCUAUAGAGAGCACUAAAAUACAUUAAAGGAAGUUGUCUG